UGGAGUAGGCUCCAGGCAGGACUCCCUGCGUGGGACUUCUGGCCUGUGUUUAUGUCAGAGGCUAGACAAGAUGAUCCUAAAGUUCUUCUAUCGUUAGGGUUCACCUAGGAGAGGUGGCUAAUUAGCGAUGGGUAGGAUCCAGUCCCAGGAAAUACACUUUGUAAGUAACCAAAGGAGUAUUUCUGUGCCUGUGCGCUAUGAGAAAUGAUGCAGAGCCAGGAUGGGUCUGGCAGGGUUGAGUAGAUUCAGUCUGUGCCACAUGUGGCCUGAACAGCUGGCUGUCAAUAAAAGUGGCACCCAAAUGCAGGAGACAUGUCCAUUGCUGAGCAAACUUGUCCCUGUUGUAGUCAAGCUAGUCCUAAACAGAAAGCAGGUACUGCAGGAAAAGCUGGAUUAGUUUGUUGGCCUGAGAUCCCUUUCCCACCCAGUGUGCCUGCCAUAAAAAAACAACUGGAAUGAUUUGCUCCAACCUACUAGAAAUCUAGAACUUGCUUAUUUUGUUUUUCUUUUGAGCAUCAGAAAGAGAUUUUCCCUUGGCUAGGGGCAAAUUCUGCUAUUAGUUACAGCCAUAAAUUCUCUUAACAUCAGCACAUUCUGGGCAUUCAUCAUUUCUGUUCUGAUCAGUCCUCUAUGUUAUGCUGAGUAUGAAUAUGCAAAGUGCAAGGUAACGGAGAGUUGGGCCUAAUGGGGCAAGCAUUUUACAAUAAUUCUAGAGCUGUCCUCCUAAAGAAGGAAGCGGCUGAUGCCUAGAGUGAGGCCCGAGGCAGAAAAAACAUGCAUGAAGAUGUGAUGGCCUUGAGAAUAUGAGAUUCUAUCUAUACAACUUGAGUAUAUUUUUAACCUUGGACUUUACUGCUCAAGUACUUGUGUGCUGCAAGUUCUGAAUAAAGGAUGUGGCCAGUCUUUCUUGGUAACUGCAAGCUGCACUUGUCCAGAGCCGCCAACUCACUUAACUAUUAAAAGAGCUGUCUCUAAGAGCACUAUCUUCCCCAGCACCAUCCAGCUGAAUCAGUCUGUCAUCCUUCCUGUGGAUUCAACCAGGUUUAUUUUGGUGUAGACAGCGGAAUGGCACGAGUUAUAUUUUGUGCCUGUAACAAGCAUGAGAGGAUGCAAGUCCCUAGAGGACCUUUCUCCCUGGCUUGAGUACUGACACCAUUGGGGUCUGCAGAUCUUCCACUGCUUUUUAGGAGUAGAUUCAUGUCACUGCUUCAAGGGAAGCUGCAGGGUCAGCAUGCUGCGAGGUUUUAGGCCCACUACGUUGCAAAAAAUAGUCUUGAUGAGAUGGGAAACCAAAAGCCACAGUGCUCAGCAAGUGCAGUACAAACCACUACCAGAUUAAAGCGCAUUUUAAGUAAUUACUUUGCAGUUGACACUCAGUGAUGUUCUUAUUGGAAAUGGUGUCCUCCUUUAUGUCCUGGUCCAGGCUGCUUGGUUCUGUGUACCAGAUGUGUUCCCUGGCUCUGCUCAUACACACUGAAUCUUGUCUUUAAAAGAGAAAGCCAGAAAAAAUGGUGGAGAUUAGGGUAGUCAUGCAGAGGCAGUGAUUCUGGAAAAGAAAAAAUGAAGUACUUUAUCUUGCAAACUGAAUCUUCCCACCUGGUCUCCUUCAUUUCUUGUCCUAGUGCUAUUCAGGGAUAAAAGGCUACAGGUAAGGUGUGUUUCUUGGACUCCUGCAUAUAGAAAUUAUUUUAGGGUCUUUGCAAAAUUUGUAUAAAAGCAACAUACUUAGGCUUAUGGAAAUUAUUGUGAGGCAUUACCCAGAGCUGUUAAUCACAUUGCAGCUGGCACUGAGCUAUACAGGGGUCCCAAACUCCAUGGCUCUCUACAGGAAUGCUGCUGGAUCCAGCCUGCAGCUGCCUUGUUGCAAUGCCCAGAUUUUCUCCAGUGUGAAGAGAGGGGAAAUGCGCCCCACCUGCCAAACUGCACAGGAAAGGCAAUUGCUAAGAGAGGCCAAACAGCAAGAAUUGGGAGCAGCCUGGACUGGGAUUUCUGAGCAGAUUCUUUGCGCGCUUUGUUGUUGCCCUGUGUGGCUCUGAGGCAGACUCGGUACAUACCAGGUGCUUCUUGUGAGCCCUUAGGGGCUUGAUGUAAGAAAUUUAACUGACUUGUUCCAAAGAGCUGCAGGAUAAAGCAGGGUACCUGGAGUCACAAGAGGAUUACUCAAAGGAUCUGUAUACACGUGUUAGUCAACUGUUAAUCAGGCACAAGCUAAUAGCUGUACUUGAUCUCUUCUAUCCUAUGAAGAACCAAAGGUUCAAACCUGAGAAAAUACUGUAAAGGAAGCCCCUCUCCUCCACUUACACUGAGGAGAGACACAGUCCUCACCAUGCAGACAUACGUGUUUUGCCUAUGGAAGAACGAUAAGGAAACACUCAGGCUGCAUGUGUUGCUGCCAUUAGCAACAGCAUACUUGAAUUCACUGCAGUGCUGGUCCACUUCUAACCCAGAGCAUGUGGACCCAGAAUCAGUCACCGAUGCCAUUAGCAUCUCUUCCAGCAAACAUUCUUGCAAGCUCCCAUUUCUUGGGAGAGUUCCUUGAUGAAGCCUCCACUUCCGGUGACAUGCAGCAAACUUGCAGGAAGGCCUCAUGUGGGAGGUGUCCCCAGGAUGAGCUGGACCCUUAUCUUGCCAAGCCAGCUGCAAGGGGAUCAGGGGGUCUGGGAGUUCAGCUAUGCAGCUGCAAACACUCCUGCACUGGCUGGACUGCCUUAGGACCUUCCUCUUGUGUUGUGAAGCCAGCAAGAAAACAAGGAUUGAUCUACCCUGAGCUCUCACCUCUGCUGUUGAGGAGGCCAAGUUCACCCAACUUUAAAAAUACAUCCUCAAAACAAACGCACAAAAGCCGAGGGCUUUGCUGGCCAGUCUGAGAGGGUGCAGUGUCUAAUUGCUGGGUCUCUGUCUCACCCGGUCCCACUGUGUGAGUGUUCACAGGUGAAGAUGAACAGUGGGAUUCUCUUCUUCUCCCUCUUUGGCUUUCUCCCACACGUGAUACUGACAUGCCCUGUGCCAUGCAAGUGUGCCACGAACAUUAUCGACUGCACAUCGAAAGGCCUAACCAUAGCAAAACUGCCAGCUGCCUUCCGCCCGUCAGCUGAAGUUAUCCAUCUUGGUUACAACAUGCUCACCUCUAUUCCCAAAGGGCUCUUUGACAACCUGAAGAGUCUCCAGGCAGUACACCUGCAAGGAAACCCUUGGGAAUGCAACUGCGACAUCCUCUACUUGCGCUCCUGGCUCCAGUGGCAGCAGAACCGGACCUUUUACAGGGAUGUGAAAUGUGCCUCCCCGGCUCACCUGCAGGACCGGAUCAUCGCCUAUCUGACUGAAGAUGAGAUCAUCUCCACGUGCCAGUACUGGUACUGCAGCCUGGCUCUCCUCUCUCAGCUCUGUCUCUUCAUCCUCCUUUUACUCCAGGCUAUCUUGAUCAUCUUCAUCACCAUGUACCUGCAGAGAUUUCGGAGGAUGACUGCUGAUGCCCGGAGUGCCAUCCCAGAUGUAAACCAGCACGUAGAUGCCUGGGCAUCUCCAAGAAGCCCCUACAGCAGUGAUUAACAUCACAAGAGCUUUCAGUCCUGGGCUUCUGGUGUGUGCAGGAGCAAGGACCCCCUUCCCCGCCCCCUUGGAUGUUGCUGUGGCCAAGCCACGUGGUUCGUGAUGCCCGGAGGGGACCACUCAGUGCAGCAUCUGGUCCUGACUGCAGUCCAGAGCAGGACUCAGAACCGAUCGGACACUUGCUGUAUUCCCAAAGAGCCCAUCCUGUGGUGUUUAAUGCUUCAAAUUUGCUGUGGAGCCAGGAGUCGCCUAGGCCAGGGGCUCUCGCCAACCCCGUUUGUGCAGCGCCUGGCACAGCGGGGAUCUGAGCUCCGUCGCAGCCUCAAGCUGCAAAGCCAGUCAUGUGCCUCCUGCUAGUUACUGCGUCCCUUAACUAUUUUUGGAGCAAAGCAAAAUUGAAAUAAAAUAAUGAU